GGAUAUUUUCCGUUGUAAUAUUUGCUUCUAGAUGAUUAUUAAUUAUCAACUGUUUUGCACAUUUCAGUGAGUUUAUCCGUGUGUAACAAACCGAUGAUACUGGGCCUCUUUGAUACUGCUGGCCAGGAAGACUAUGACCGCUUACGAGUUCUGGCAUAUCCGGAUACUGACGUUUUUAUAGUCUGCUUCUCGGUCAUGGGUCCUACUUCAUUCGAAAAUGUCGAAGAGAAAUGGGCACCAGAAGUCCGCCAUUACAGGGAGACAACCCCGUUCAUACUUGUCGGCAUGCAAGUUGAUCUACGGGACAACUUUUAUGAAAUCCAAAGACUGCAGAAAAACCGGCAGAAACCGGUGACCUACGAAAUGGGAUUACGACUGGCUAACAGAAUAGGUGCAAACUGUUAUGUGGAAUGUUCUGCUUUGACUCAAAAGGGGCUAAAAGCUGUGUUUGAUAAUGCGAUAUUAGCAGUUAUUAGCCCACAACCUGUCACCAGACCAAAAAGACGAAAAACUACAUAUAUGUGUCAAAUAUUGUGAUAAAUAGAGGCAAUGGGCUGAUAACUUAUCUGUUAUUUGUAUAGUGUUAAAUAAUCUGUCUCCUAAAUUAUCAAUUGUCUGUGAUUAAGUUACUUAAUAUUAGAAUGUCGUUCCUUUCCCAUUGCACACUUCAUAUGUCGAAUUCGGGGAUGAAUUUGUUUUAUUGAUGCCAAUUAAGAUUUCGUAGAAUUUGAAGAGUGAUAAAAGUGAUAAAGUGCUUUAACAUGAACGAUAUUCGUUGAAUAUGGAAAUACAAUAUAUAUUGUCAAAUGUUGCCUCAAUGAGGUUACCGUUUUAAAAACUGCCACCUGAACUAUAAACUUGCAAUUUCUGGUCAUAUUCUGGUAAUAAGUCGAAUAUCUGGUCAUAUGUGUAUCAUUGGUGCACUAUUUGGCCAUAUAAGUAUAAAGGUACAAAAUCUGGUCAUAUUUGUACAAUGGUGCAAUAUCUGGCUGUAUUUGUAUUAUAUAUGCAAUAUAUCUAGUCAUUUGUACCACUGCUGCAAGAACUUGUCAUAUUUGUACAAAUGAUGCAAUAUCUGGUCAUAUUUGUACAAAUGAUGCAAUAUCUGGUCAUAUUUGUAUAAAUGAUGCAAUAUCUGGUCAUAUUUGUACAAAUGAUGCAAUAUCUGGUCAUAUUUGUACAAAUGAUGCAAUAUCUGGUCAUAUUUGUAUAAAUGAUGCAAUAUCUGGUCAUAUUUGUAUAAAUGAUGCAAUAUCUGGUCAUAUUUGUACAGUUAUUGCAAUAUCUGGCCAUAUUUGUAUAAAUGAUGCAACAUCUGGUCAUAUUUGUACAAUUGAUGCAUUAUUUGGCAAGGCUUUCAUUAAUGGAAAUCUUGAAACAAAGUGAUCCCUCGGAAGCAUUAAUCACAACAAAAUUACAAGAGAAUUGCAGACUCGAUUUACUCCUUAAUUUUGGAUUGUGACUUCCAAAAUCUAAUACUUUUCCUUUACCUAUAUAGACUUCCAAUAUCAGAGAUUUUGUAGUCUCUGACUUCCAAAUUUUGAAACUUAAUGAAAGCCCUGAUUUGGUCAUAUUCAUACAAGUAAUGCAUUAUCUGGUCAUACUUGUUCAAUUAGUGCAAUAUCUGGUCAUAUUUGUGUAUAUGAUGCAAUAUCUGGUCAUAUUGAUGCAACAUCUGGUCAUAUUUGUGUAUAUGAUGCAAUAUCUGGUCAUAUUUGUACAACUGAUUCAAUAUCUAGUCGCCUGUGUUUUAUAUUUACAGUUGAUAAUGUUUUGUACAGAUGAUGCAAGAUAUGAUUUUUAUAUACCGGUGUUUGUAAAUACAUACAUCUUUGUGUCUAUGGUUGGCAAAUAUGCAAACGUAGAAGAAUACAGUGACAGUCAUUUUUGGACACGAAAUCAUUUAAUAUAUUAGUAUACUAGUAUAUUGAUCUAAACAUAUAAUAGAACUCAGUGAAAAACUACUUCUAUUAGACAUAAGAAUAAUAGUGUCUAAAGUAAACUUAAAAACACGAAUCAGGAAAGUAGGGGUGCCAACCAUGGGCCAGAUUGUCUGUGGUUAUAUGCAGUUCAAUUGUCUCGGUUUUGUUUGAUGUACAUUGUCCUGGUAUGAAAAUACAUACAUAAAUUAAGUAAAAAAUGCUUUCUUUA